GAACAAAAUCAUGACUGAAAUACAGGAACAAGGUGCCAGUCUAGUGAAUGAGGUGACCAUCGACCGAGGUGUACCAGACGUCUCCAGUGAUAUGAAAGCUAUUCAGCGACUGCACAAGGAGACGUUACAGAAACAAUGUGAGAAACUAGAAGUGAAGACCAUCCUGAUAAAGGAGAAGGUGAGGACGUUUCAGUUGGUUGAUCGCUACACGGAAUUAACAAUCAUUUCUGAUCUCCGUCACCGGAAACUGGUAGAACAUGAGCUGCUGGCGAGAGGCAGAGACCACGAGGAGUGGAGACAGAAGCAACUCCGGGGAGAGCUGGAAAAAAUCCGAACUGAUAAACUGUUCCACAGCAGCUUCUCAAAAAUAAAUAAUUUACCUUCUUCUCAGGGAAGCGGAUCUGACCCUCCUACAGGGACUUCCGCAGUAGUCAGUGGAGUGGCUGGGAUUGGAAAAACAACCAUGGUGCAAAAGAUUGUCCAUGACUGGGCCACAGGCAAAAUCUAUCCUCACUUCCACUUUGUAUUCGUUUUUAAAUUUCGAGACCUGAACAGACUUCACGACAGAACAACCCUGAGCCGUCUGAUCGUGGAGCAGUAUCCUUACCUCAGGGAUGUUCUGGAAGAGCUGUGGAAACACCCAGAGAGGUUGCUCUUUAUAUUUGAUGGUUUGGAUGAAUUCAGGGCAAGGAUUGAUUUCGCUGACAGUCGGAGAGACACAGAGCCUCAGCGCAGGUGCACAGACCCUGAAUUCCCUUGUGAUGUGUCUGACAUUGUGUACAGUUUAAUGCAGAAAAGGCUGCUGCCAGGCUGCUCAGUGCUGGUGACCAGCCGCCCCACUGCAUUACAUUUACUGGGAAAGGCUCGGGUCAGUGUCUGGGCUGAAAUCCUGGGAUUUGUGGGUGAAGAGAGAAGGGAAUAUUUUCACAAGUUUUUUGAAGAACAGGAGGUGGCGGCUGCUGUUUACAGCCACGUGGAGGAGAACGAGCUCCUGCUCACCAUGUGCUACAACCCGUCCUACUGCUGGAUCCUCGCUCUGUCUCUCGGUCCCUUCUUUACACGGAAACACAGCAACAAACAGCGAGUUCCCAAGACAGUCACACAACUCUUCUCCUAUUAUAUUUAUAACAUACUAUCACAUCACAGUGUCAAGAUGAAAAGCCCUCGUGAUGUGAUGCUGAAGAUUGGUGAGAUGGCCUUCACUGGUGUCUCCCAGAGAAACAUUGUCUUUAAUGAUGAAGAUCUGAUCAAAUAUAACCUCCAGCCUUCCCAGUUCCUCUCUGGGUUUCUCAUGGAACUUGUGGAGAGAGAGUCUUCAGAGCACAGCGUGGCCUAUACAUUCCCGCACCUCACCAUCCAAGAGUUUGUAGCCGCACUCUUUCAGUUUCUGCCUCAAAAUGCAGGAAAUCUGCGGAAACUCCUGAAUGAAGCUCACAGGGAGAAGGACGGCCGGUUUGAGAUAUUCCUGCGCUUUGUUGCGGGUCUCUCCUCCCCACGGGCAGCUCAGCCACUGGAGGAGUUUCUGGGGCCAUUUGUCCAUCAGACAACCUGCGCUGUGAUCGAAUGGCUGAAGGGAAGAGUUAAAGCUGAGAUGCAAAACAACAAGAGCGACCGUGGGAAAAGGAAUCUGCUGAACACACUCCACUAUCUGUUUGAGUCUCAGAAUCAAACCCUGGCACAGCAAACACUGGGCUCUGUACAAACACUAUCAUUGGGUGGCGGCUCUUCAAAGAUGACACUGACACCGAUAGACUGUGUUGUGCUGUCUCAGGCCAUUGCACUGUGUGACACAAUAAAACAACUGGAACUGAGUCACUGCAACAUUCAUGAUGAGGGUCUCCAGCGUCUGGUUCCUGCUUUGUACAAAUGUCAGGUGUUGCAGCUGGGGGGCAAUAAUCUGGGAGA